AUGACGGCCGCAGGUAAUUAUACAAAAUUGAAAUCAGCAGAUUUACAUUUACCAUAUAUGGGUACAUCAGAAGAGCGAACGCUUUAUGUUCAAAAUGUACCAGAAACAUGGGACAAGUGGAAGCUUCUUCAUAUAUUUCGACGAUUCGGACGGAUUGACAAUAUUAAAAUUGUGAAAAAAAACGAUGAUUCAUUAACAUCCGCGUUUGUUCAUAUGAUGUCGAUUGCUGAUGCCAAUUCGGUUAUUACUGCAACAGCUCAUGAUAAUGGCAAAAUUCAGUUACCCGAGCUAUCGAAACCACUUAAGAUUCAAUUUGUAAGACAUAAAGGAAAUGCAAGUUUGAAAACAGAGUUAUCAUCGGCUGUUGAUAAAGAAACGGAAAGAAUGAAAAGUUAUUUUUCCAUUACCGACAGACCGGAAUUGGUUUUGACAGGAGGAAAUAUUCGUAAACCGAUUAUCUACAAUGAACGCUUUCAUCGUCAUAUGUAUCUACCGGGGGGAGAACCAAUAGAGGUUGAACUUGUUAAACCAAUUGCGGAAUUUCUGUGCUGGCCAAUGACAUUUUACGUGCUCCCUAAAACUCAUGUAUGUGAAGCAGAAAAUUUAAUAAUUAGCAAUGAAGAUUUAGACGCUCAUCUUAUAGCUCAUUUUGAGCGUGCAGCUGAAGUGACACAUGUUGUGAAGAAUGAACUGCUAGUUGCAACACCAAUGAUGCCAAACGAGGUACCACUUCGAUGUCGGGUUUUAGAAGAAUUAGAUGACAAAAAAAUUCGUGUAUAUGCAUUGGAUAUGGGACAAACGCUAGUUGUCCAAAUGAACCGAUUGAAAGUUAUAAGUGAAUAUUUGGCUUCCAUACCAGCCAGAGCUACUCCUUGCGUACUAUACGGUAUUACCAAGCCAACGCCAGCAUUUGCAGAAGUUGCUUGUCGCCUUUUGGAAAAUAUUGCUCACUUGUUGGUAUUAGCUGUAAGCUUCGAUGGUGCUGUUGCUCUUGUUAGAGCAUUUGAAUCAAAUGGAUCAUCUGUGAGUGAAAUUGCGGAAAUUCUCACUAACGAAGGUGUUUGUGAUUACAAGCCUCCAAAUAAGCGAACAGUUUAUUCUCGGGAAUUAAUCCUUUCAUUGAAAAAACAACAACGACAGUUGUCAAUUCCGAAUCGUGCAGUGGCAGAUGCUAUUUUAGUCAAUCCUCGAUUGGUACAAGACGAAAUGGCUCAGAAACUGGAUGAAAAUGAAACAGUUUAG